CCGGCGCGUCACGUGGGCGAGUCAGGUGACGCUGCGGGGCGGGCGGACAGACUGCGGGGCGGACGGUGGACCCUAGGACGCGUUUGUAGCUCCCGCCCCGCCGUUCCGACCCCCGCCGCCGUCGCCGCCAUGACGGGGCUAGCACUGCUCUACUCCGGGGUCUUCGUGGCCUUCUGGGCCUGCGCGCUGGCCGUGGGAGUCUGCUACACCAUUUUUGAUUUGGGCUUCCGCUUUGAUGUGGCAUGGUUCCUGACGGAGACUUCGCCCUUCAUGUGGUCCAACCUGGGCAUUGGCCUAGCUAUCUCCCUGUCUGUGGUUGGGGCAGCCUGGGGCAUCUAUAUUACCGGCUCCUCCAUCAUUGGUGGAGGAGUGAAGGCCCCCAGGAUCAAGACCAAGAACCUGGUCAGCAUCAUCUUCUGUGAGGCUGUGGCCAUCUACGGUAUCAUCAUGGCAAUUGUCAUUAGCAACAUGGCUGAGCCUUUCAGUGCCACAGAUCCCAAGGCCAUUGGCCAUCGGAACUACCAUGCAGGCUACUCCAUGUUUGGGGCUGGCCUCACUGUAGGCCUGUCUAACCUCUUCUGUGGAGUCUGCGUGGGCAUCGUGGGCAGUGGGGCUGCCCUGGCCGAUGCUCAGAACCCCAGCCUCUUUGUAAAGAUUCUCAUCGUGGAGAUCUUUGGCAGCGCCAUUGGCCUCUUUGGGGUCAUCGUCGCAAUUCUUCAGACCUCCAGAGUGAAGAUGGGUGACUAGAUGAUAUGUGUGGGUGGGGCCGUGCCUCACUCUUAUUUAUUGCUGGUUUUCCUGGGACAGCUGGAGCUGUGUCCCUUAGCCUUUCAGAGGCUUGGUGUUCAGGGCCCUCCCUGUACUCACCUCUUGCUGCGUGUUGAUUUGGAGGCACUACAGUCCAGGCCAAGUCCUCAGUGUGGGGAGCAGGCUGCUGCUGCUGACUCUGUGCAGCUGCAUACCUGUGUCCCCCACCUCCACCCUCAACCCAUCUUCCUAGUGUUUGUGAAAUAAACUUGGUAUUUGUCUGGGUCA